ACACCACUGCAAAUACACACAGUUUGACAGCAAUUUGUCUAGACUUUUAUUUUGAAAAUCCACUUCAACUCGUCCCAAUGAUGACACGGAAGAGUAUUUUUUUUCCACGACCCUUCGCAAUCGCAGAGUUUUCUAGUUACCGCAGUCACAAAGUCAAUUUAGCUAUAUCGCAAAAAGGUAUAAAAACAGAAAUGUGCUUUUUGGUCUUAAUUUCAGGUUAGGCUAUGGCAUAGUAGUGUGGUUAAGUUUAGGUUUUAAAUCAGAUAUUUAGAAGGUACAUUGUAGAAAUAGGCGGGGUGUAUCUAUUUGUGGCUGUGGUAUCUAGUGUCGAUCCAGUCGCAGUUGCUUGCUCGCUUCUGCUCACAGCAACAUAAGCACAGAACAGCAUCAAGGCUUGGUCACUGCGGGAAAGAUGGCGACGGAUAAACAGAAACAUGAAGGCAGAGUAAAAAUUGGACACUAUAUUCUCGGAGACACACUUGGGGUGGGGACGUUCGGGAAAGUUAAAGUGGGGCAGCACGAGCUGACCAAACACCAGGUGGCUGUGAAGAUCCUGAACAGACAGAAAAUCCGCAGUUUGGAUGUGGUGGGGAAGAUCCGUAGAGAGAUCCAGAACCUCAAGCUCUUCAGGCAUCCGCACAUCAUCAAGCUGUACCAGGUGAUCAGCACCCCAACAGACAUCUUUAUGGUGAUGGAGUAUGUGUCUGGAGGAGAGCUCUUUGACUACAUCUGCAAAAAUGGAAAGUUGGAUGAGAAGGAGAGCCGUCGUCUGUUCCAGCAGAUCAUUUCCGCAGUAGACUACUGCCACAGACACAUGGUGGUGCACAGAGACCUGAAGCCUGAGAACGUCCUGCUGGACGCACAGAUGAACGCCAAGAUCGCGGACUUUGGUUUGUCAAACAUGAUGUCCGAUGGAGAGUUUCUGAGGACAAGUUGUGGUUCUCCGAACUACGCUGCCCCUGAAGUCAUCUCUGGAAGGUUAUAUGCAGGUCCUGAGGUGGACAUCUGGAGCAGUGGGGUGAUCCUGUAUGCCCUGCUGUGUGGGACGCUGCCCUUCGAUGACGACCAUGUGCCAACGCUCUUCAAGAAGAUCUGUGACGGGAUCUUCUUCACUCCUCAGUACCUGAACCCCUCUGUCGCCGCCCUGCUCAAACACAUGCUGCAGGUGGAUCCCAUGAAGAGAGCCACCAUCAAAGAGAUCCGAGAGGAUGAAUGGUUCAAAGAGGAGCUCCCCAAGUACUUGUUCCCAGAGGACCCGUCCUACAGCAACAACAUGAUUGAUGACGAGGCCCUGAAGGAGGUGUGUGAGAAGUUUGAGUGCACUGAGGAAGAAAUCCUGACUUGCUUGUACAGCCGCAACCACCAUGACCCCCUGGCUGUGGCCUACCACCUCAUCAUCGACAACCGCCGCAUCAUGUCCGAGGCCAAGGACUUCUACCUGGCCUCCAGUCCCCCAGACUCCUUCUUGGACGAUCAGCACCUGACCGCCUCUGCCGCGGCUGCCGCAGGCCUUAAGCCCCACCCCGAGCGCAUGCAGCCAUUCCUGGCAGUGGAGACCCCUCCCAGGCCGAGGCACACGCUGGAUGAGCUGAACCCACAGAAAUCGAAGCACCAGGGGGUGAGGCGGGCUAAGUGGCACCUGGGGAUCAGGAGCCAGAGCAGGCCAAAUGAUAUUAUGUCUGAGGUGUGCCGGGCCAUGAAGCAGCUGGACUACGAGUGGAAGGUGGUGAAUCCGUACUACCUGCGUGUAAAGAGGAAGAACCCAGUGACGGGCAUGCAGACCAAGAUGAGCCUUCAGCUCUACCAGGUGGACAGCAGGACCUACCUCCUGGACUUCCGUAGCAUAGACAAUGACAUGUUGGAGGCUAAAUCUGGGACUGCCACUCCUCACCGGUCUGGGUCAGUGGGAAACUACCGCACGGCCCUUAAGAACGACACUGCUGAAGAGGGGGGGUCCCAAACCGAGGAGGCUAAGGACGACGCUACCCUGACCCCUGCCACCUCCAUCCCUCCCACCCCCACCAAGGCCUCGGAGAGCUCCCUGGCCUCCUCGCUCACCUCCUCUGUUGACUCAACAGGAGGUGACCUCGCUCCGACGACAGUCUACCCGCGGCCCGGCAGCCACACCAUUGAGUUUUUUGAGAUGUGCGCCAAUCUCAUCAAGCUACUUGCACGAUAGCUCACAAUCAAGUCAAAACAUUAGCCUUUUUUUCUCUCCGAGUGUCCUUAUAAGCAAUAAGCAUACAACCGAUUCAUGGCUCAAUUCAUCCCCACCUCGGGCGGUUGAGCUGGCUAGGGUUGUUCCAUGGCACUGAUGAUGCAGAUUUGGUUUGCACCUACCCUGACUCACGGGGGGGGGGGGGGGGGGGGGGGGGGGGGGUUGGUUGUCAGAGCAGAGGUGCGGCGGGGUUUAGAGAACGUUGAAUGACAAUGACCAAACCACUUUAUUAUAUUCAUGAUGACAGAAUACUAUUUUAGAGAUGGUUUUACAUUUUCACGAUCAUUUUAGUUGGCAGACGAUGAUUUCUUCCUCCUUUUAGAUCACAUUCCACCCUUACAUAUAUAGGCUAAGUCUGAAUGAUACACUGAAUUUGCUUUACUGUACUCACUGGGCUUUGUUGUCCUUUUUCCAGUAGAGAAAACAAAACCCCAAGUUUUUCUGUGCAGAAAAGAGAGCUAUAGGGGGGGGGGGUAGGGUGGCUGAGGGGAAGGAGGCACUUUUGCUAAGUAGUUUUCUUAUUUCUGUCCUGCUCUGUCUGUUUCUCUACAGUAGAUGUCUGAGAACAUGUGCAGAAAGACAGGAAGCUGAACUGCAGGCCUUUCAGGGUUAGCUGCACUGACCAUAACAAGGGUUGUCGUGCCAACGAUGCCCGUUGACUCACUGAGGAAGUGCAAUGACCCUGUAUAUUUCUUACUCGAUCGCGUCAGGUGGAAGAAAGGAGUUAGCACUUAAUCCAAAUUUUUGUUUAAUGUUUUUUGUUAAUUGAAUUAAGACGUCCAUGUUUUUUCUCAUUAUUGUAAAAAAAUAAAUGUUUGGAUUUGUUUGUCCUCUACAUUUUAUAUAUAAAUAAAAAAUACAUUUGGAUAUAUUUAUCAGUGCUUUAAGUGGGAAUUGUAGAUUAUAUUGAGAAUUGAUUAUGGAGUGAAAUCUUUCUUGAAUUUUUUGCAUUACGACUAUUGCUGGAUGACAUUUUAUUCCUUUUACUGCUUUCUUAAAAUCAAUUUCACUGUUUUUAAUCAGUUAUUCCUCACUAUCUCCAAGAGUUCUUUGCUGUUAGUCAAAAUGAGACGUACACUAUCCUAUACUUAAUUCAAAAGUACUUUACCAAUUUAUCUUUGAGGUUGAGGGCUAUAUACAUUUAUACAUCUGAAUAUCUCUUGACUGAGUGACAUGCCUUUUAGCAGGAUUUGAUCAACAUUCAGUUUGUACACAUGCCUAUUCAUCGAGUUACACAUUGAGAAAUUGGGACCAUUGAGUGGUGAUUUGACACAAGUACAUGUGCAUGGACAAUGUAAAUUGAUAAAGGAAACAAUCACAACAACAAUCAUUUCACUUUUCUUGGCCCACAAUAGAUAACUUUGGAUGUAAGUUUACAUAUUUUCCCAAACCUUACAUUUAUUUAAUGUGCUCCUGGAGAAUGUUUUUUUUUUUUUUUACAUUUUAUCUUGAGUGUCAAGACGGAGAUUGAAUGAGAGUUAUUGUCACUUCGAUUGCAUCGUUCUGUUGGCUGCCUUAUCAUUAUCAGUACUGUUGAUCAGUUUUAUAUCAGUGAAUAUAAAAACAUCUAUCUACUUCUAUCCUCUUAUGUGGGGCUGGUAUUGGUCUGAAUAAAUGACGCGAUUGGAUUGUGACUGCAAGGUCUAAUUUGUAGACCAAAUUAUAAUUAAAACAUUUGUAGGACUAAAAACAAACUUUUUUUUUUUUGUUUUCAAAGACCGUUGCAAGUUGUAUUCCAAAUAAUGCAUACGGUGAAUUGUGGGGUUGUUUGAAAUAAGUUAGUGUGAGACCAUGCUCUUCUAACGGCUUACUGAGGAAGUGCAAUUGCCCUGUGUCUUUCUCUCUCAACCAUGUUCUAACGGCUUAUGAUGUAAGUUGCACAUUUGGUGAGUAGUUUUUCUCCUUUUGAGUGGGAGUGUUAAGAGCUGACUAUUUGCAGGAGAAAUCUCUUUAAUUGUAUUUGUAUUAACUGCUUUAAUUAAGAAAUCUUGUUUUAAUUUUAUUUGGUGUGUAAAGGGACCUUCCUACUAUAAUGACCGUGUAUCAAAUGGACAGUCUGUUUAAAUCAUUUGUACACACAACUGCCUAAUAAACAGCAAAAUUGCACAGGU